CCUUUCUCUCUCUCUGGUUUCUUCUUUGAUUUCUUCUCCUUCUUCUUCUUCUUCUUCUUCUUCUUUGUUUUCUCUUCUUGUUUUAUAUUUUUUAAUUUUGUAUCUAUAUAUAUAUAGACAAGUAUCAUUUGAUGUAGAAACAAAACAAUGGGGUACCUGAAUACUGUGGUGCCAGCAGCAAGUGCUUCACAAGUUAAUGGCUCUUCUGCUAGUGGUGGUGGUCUCAGCCAGAAUGGUAAGUUCAGCUAUGGAUAUGCAAGCUCUGCAGGCAAGAGAUCUUCAAUGGAAGACUUUUAUGAAACAAGAAUCGACGGUGUCGAUGGCGAACUCGUCGGUUUAUUCGGUGUUUUCGAUGGACAUGGCGGUGUUCGUGCCGCAGAAUACGUCAAACAGAAUCUCUUCAGCAAUCUGAUCAAACAUCCAAAAUUCAUAACUGAUACUAAAUCAGCAAUAGCUGAUGCAUACAAUCAUACAGACUCAGAGUUUCUGAAAUCCGAGAACAAUCAGAAUCAGAAUCGAGACGCCGGUUCAACUGCUUCUACUGCUAUUCUCGUCGGUGAUCGAUUGCUAGUUGCUAAUGUCGGAGAUUCAAGAGUUGUUAUAAGCAGAGGAGGAACAGCUAUUGCUGUUUCAAGAGAUCACAAGCCUGAUCAAACAGAAGAAAGACAGCGCAUCGAAGAUGCAGGUGGAUUUGUAAUGUGGGCUGGAACAUGGAGAGUUGGUGGAGUUCUCGCUGUUUCCCGUGCUUUCGGUGACCGACUUCUUAAGCAAUUUGUUGUUGCUGAUCCUGAUAUUCAGGAAGAAGUAAUUGAUGGAUCAUUGGAAUUUCUUAUUCUUGCAAGUGAUGGAUUGUGGGAUGUUGUCACAAAUGAGGAGGCUGUUGCAAUGGUGAAGCCAAUUGAAGAUCCAGAACAAGCAGCAAGAACAUUGAUGCAGGAAGCAUAUCAAAGAGGAAGUGCAGAUAACAUAACUUGUGUCGUAGUCCGUUUUCUUGUUAACAAAAAUAAUAAUUCUCAUCAUGAAUCAGGUCACAGAAAUAAUGUGAAGCAAGAAAACAAUACAAUGACUCACCGGGAACUCGAAUCGGGUUCGUAUCGGCAAAGAAAUUCAGGUCAUAACUGAUCAAGAUCAAUCAGAAAUUCGGUUGCCGUGUUAACUGUUAACCGGUUUUUUCGUAUUUCUUUUUACUGCUGUUUAGUUGUAAUGUGACAAUGUGUGUGAUUUACUGGCUAUGUUGUGUUUGUAGUUAUCAGUCUUCAGUUUGAUGUACUCUUGAAUUGCUUGUGUGAUCAGAUGUUUUUAUUUAUUUAUUUAUUCAUUUAUUUAUUAA